GCCCCUCCCCCUUUCACUCCCUCUCGUUCUUAAUCUCCCGUCGCAAGGGGACUAUGAACUCCCACCUCAGCCUCAGCCUCAGCCUCUCAUCCUCCUCCGCCACCGCCUUAUUGCCCCGCACAUUCUCCCCCGCCGCCAGGCUCUCCUUCCCCUCCGCCGCCGCCGCCCUCCGCGCCGUCGCCGCCGCCUCCUCGUCCCGUUGGAUCUCCCUCCGCCCUCCCCCGCGGUCCACCUUCCUCCGCGUCCGCGGCAUGGCCGAGCUCGUCCAGGACAAGGAAUCCACCGAGAGCAGCGGCGCCGCGGCGGCCGCGGCGGCCUCCGGCUCCGGCGACGAGGAGGCCAGGCAGCACUCCCGGAUUUUCGUCGACGCCCGCUCCGAAGAAGAGUUGCUAUCUUUAAUCACCAAAGAAAAGGAUGAGGGAAGGCUGCCUCCAAAUGUUGCUGAGGGGAUGGAGGAAUUGUUUCACAAUUACAAGAAUGCGGUCUUCCAAAGUGGAAUUCCCCAUGCUGAUGAGAUUGUUCUGUCAAAUAUGAGUGUCGCGCUUGAUCGGAUUUUCUUGGAUGUUGAGGAUCCUUUUAUCUUCCCUCCAUACCACAAAGCAGCAAGGGAGCCUUUUGACUACUAUAUGUUUGGUCAAAAUUACAUCCGUCCUCUGGUUGAUUUCAGAAACUCAUAUGUUGGAAACAUUCCUGUUUUUGAUGAAAUCCGUGAGAAACUUCAGGAGGGCCACAACGUCGUUCUGAUAUCCAACCACCAAACGGAAGCAGAUCCAGCUGUUAUUGCUCUGCUUCUUGAAGGAACACAUUCACAUAUUGCGGAGAAUGUGACUUAUGUAGCUGGAGAUAGAGUUGUAACAGAUCCACUCUGCAAGCCCUUCAGCAUGGGAAGGAACCUUGUUUGUGUGUAUUCGAAAAAGCAUAUGUUUGAUGUUCCGGAGCUUGUUGAGAUGAAAAGGAGAUCAAAUACACGAAGCUUGAAGGAAAUGGCUUUGCUUUUAAGGGGUGGAUCGCAACUACUGUGGAUUUCACCAAGUGGCGGCAGAGAUCGUCCUGAUCCUCUUACAGGAGAAUGGUAUCCGGCACCCUUUGAUUCUGCUGUGGUAGACAAUAUGAGGAGACUUGUAGAACAUUCUGCCGUGCCAGGACAUCUCUACCCAUUAGCAUUAUUGUGCUAUGAUAUCAUGCCACCUCCACCCCAGGUGGAGAAAGAAAUUGGUGAAAGAAGAGUGAUUACUUUCCAUGGUGCUGGGUUAUCAGUCGGACCGGAGAUUAAAUUCAAUGAAGUUACUUCCACCUGUAACGACUCUGAGGAGGCGAAGGAGGUAUAUGCACGGGCUCUUUAUGAGUCUAUUACUGCACAAUAUAAUAUUCUCAAAUGUGCUAUACAUGACAAAAAAGGACUUGAAGCAUCAACUGCAGAGGUUUCCUUGUCGCAACCAUGGAAUUAUGAGAAUUAGUGGCAUCUUUCCAGAGGGGAAAGGUUCCCUUUUGGACAUGUAUUCAUAAUUCAUUAAGUAGAUAUCUUCUGAUCCAAUUCAAGUACAUACUGGAAAACGGAGCUUUCUUUUUGCCGACCUUCUGACGAACUCUCGGAAGUGCUCGAACCAUCAUCUCUUUUCUCCUUCCGUCCAUAGCUUCUCGGAGGUGACUAGUCAGAAGUCCAGGGCUGCCUCGACGUGGCACAUUGUAUGCUGUACAGCAAUAGGUGGAGCUAGUCACUGAUCGGCCAUCUUAGUCUCACAUGUAUAUGGUCUGCUACAUAACAGCCAUCAAUUAAUCGCUCUAGUUAUCUUCCGUAGCUUUUUGCCUAAUAGUCUUCAUCUUAGUCUCUUAUUUGAACAUGGCAUAUCACAUGACUUGGUGCCGGAAGGUGGUAGAUUUUGCCUUGGCAGGUGGGUGGAAAGCCCCCUCGGUUUUGUUAGCCGUUUAAGACAUUCGUUUUUCCUGACAGGAGGAGCAAUGGGUAGUUGCCCUCUUAUCAGUACACGCCAAAGAGAGUACGCUUUCUUAUGAUAUCGAUACUCCCCAUCCUCCUCUCUGGCACUCAA